UCAUAAACUAAACAAUUCCAACACUCACGGCUGAGUCUGGACAACUGCACACUGGCGCACAGUUUUCACGCGCAAACACAAGUAAGAGAGAGAUGACAUGACGCGCGGAGAUUUAUCCUGCAGCUGAUACGGGCUCGGAGAACAACUUAAACCCUUUAAACCUUUCAAGUCGAGUUGGAAAAAGUCGCACUGCGUUGCAUCCAUCCGUUUCCUGGUCCAAACUUGACGUCUAUCCGCUGUGGGCGCAAACUUCAUCUCUUCAUUUUUUUUUUUUCACUUUGCUGGGAGUUGUGCCUCUGGCUUCACCGGUAAGCAUUGGAUCCAUCGGCGUACUGCGAAACUCCGGUCUACGGUCCGGAUCUGUGCCCCAAUAUGAUUGCAACGCAAGCAAAGCUGGUUUACCAGCUGAAUAAAUACUACAACGAAAGAUGCCAGGCGCGCAAAGCGGCCAUCGCCAAGACCAUACGAGAGGUGUGUAAGGUGGUGUCGGACGUGCUGAAGGAGGUGGAGGUCCAGGAGCCCCGUUUCAUCAGCUCCCUGAGCGAGAUAGACGCGCGCUAUGAGGGCAUGGAGGUCAUCGCACCCAACGAGUUUGAGGUCGUGCUUUACCUGAACCAGAUGGGAGUCUUCAACUUCGUGGAUGACGGCUCUCUGCCGGGCUGCGCGGUGCUCAAACUCAGCGACGGCCGUAAGAGGAGCAUGUCCUUGUGGGUGGAGUUCAUCACCGCCUCCGGUUAUCUGUCGGCGCGAAAGAUCCGCUCCCGCUUCCAGACGCUAGUGGCACAGGCCGUGGAUAAAUGCAGCUACCGGGACGUGGUUAAGAUGGUGGCGGACACGAGCGAAGUGAAACUACGCAUUCGGGAGAGAUACGUGGUGCAAAUCACCCCGGCCUUCAAGUGCACGGGCAUCUGGCCUAGAAGUGCUGCUCAGUGGCCCAUGCCUCACAUCCCGUGGCCCGGGCCGAACCGGGUGGCGGAGGUGAAAGCGGAGGGUUUUAACCUGCUCUCCAAAGAGUGCUACUCGUUAACGGGAAAACAGAGCUCGGCGGAAAGCGACGCCUGGGUCUUGCAGUUCGGCGAGGCCGAAAACAGGCUUCUGAUGUCGGGCUGCAGGAAGAAAUGCCUCUCUAUUCUAAAGACUCUCCGCGAUCGACACCUCGAGCUGCCGGGACAGCCGCUCAAUAACUACCACAUGAAGACCUUGCUGCUGUACGAGUGCGAGAAACACCCUCGGGAGACUGACUGGGACGAGUCGUGCCUCGGCGACCGUCUGAACGGUAUUCUGCUGCAGCUCAUCUCCUGUCUGCAGUGCCGCCGGUGCCCACAUUACUUCUUACCCAAUCUAGACCUGUUUCAGGGUAAACCACACUCAGCCCUGGAGACAGCGGCCAAACAGACCUGGAGACUGGCCAGAGAAAUCCUUACCAACGCUAAAAGUCUGGAUAAACUGUAAGAUGCAAAUGGAGGACAUUUUAUGUCGGUGAAUAUUAACGGACGUUCGAGAUCACAACACUGAAAGUGGAGAGAAUGUGAUCGAGGUGCUCUCCGAGUAAUGAAACCAAGAAAAUAAAAGAUUAAAAUAAAACUUAAAAUAAAACUAAAAAAAAAAAAAAAAAAAAAAAAAAAACCCGAAGCAUUUGUUUUUGCCAAGGCUCAAACGGGACAUUGCAAGAGAGAGAAAUGAAGGUACAUUUCAAACUAAGUGUAAUGAUUUUGUUGUUUGUUUGAACUGUUUUCACAAAGUGAAAAUUUUAUUUAAAUAUAUGCACAAGAUCUUUAACUGCAAAUUACAAAAUGUAGCGUGCCAAGUUCUUUUUUUUUCUUCUUCUUUUUUUCAUGAUGUGAUCAAAAA